UUUCAAAAAAAUUUCGGAAAAAUUUUUUCAGAAAAUUCCAAAAAAAUUUUUCUUUAGAUAUCCUCAUUGAAAUUAGCAGUUAUUUACACGUUCACAACCCCUACCUCGUAUUCAGACCUUUACCAGCACAAAUAUCAGAUGCUAUAAUGUACUAUCAAGAAAGGGGAGAAAUAAUUUCUAAUCAAAUAAUUUUUCGUUGUUAUGGAGAAAAUUUUGAAAAAUUAGCAUUGAGAGAGAAAAGGGAAAAUGAAGAGACUGACAGAGAAAAGGAAAGGGAGAGAAGAGAGAAUAAUUUUGACUACUGUAAUUAUUCUGAUUUUAAUUCUUUUGAUAAGAGAAAAUCAAAAAAGUUGGAUUAUAUCAAUUUUAAAACUUUUAAUUUAAAAGCGAGGAGAACAAAAAUUGCUGUAGAACAAUUUAAAGAUAGGUUAUUAAAUAUUAGAGGAUUGUGGCAUUCUUUUCCCCGCCUAAUUUGUAGAGAGGGAGGAAUUCAAGCCAAACCGGGAGAAAAAUGUUGGAAUGGGGAAAAUUUUUAUUUUGAAGAUGUUCAGUCUACAAUGAGAGAAAAUGCGACAAUUAAUGGAAACAAUAAUGGUAAGAGAUUAACUAUAAGUAUAAUCUUAUCUCUUCUAAUCUACAUAUAAAUUCAUUUUUCUAUCCCAUUUCUGAUUUCGGCAAUGACGGGGAGGCAAAAUGAGGAAAUGGACAGGGAAGUUAGGAAUUCCGAUUUCAGAAAAUUUGCAUGGUUUCCAAGUUCCGAAUUUUGAGCCAGUCCGAUUCCCAAUAGCUCCAAGUUCCGACACCUUAGCAUUUCCGACCAACCUCUGGAACUGAGUAAAAAGGAAAGUUAGAAAUCC